AUGAGUUGGAUGGACAGCUGGUCGAGACCUUUCAAGUCCCAAGCUACACCCGCGCCCUACUAUCUGCUUCCAAGAGGGGAGUCAACACCCUACUGCCACUCCUGUGGGCGCGUCAUCGGCAGUCGCAGAACCGCGGCAGCCGCGAACGCCAAGUCGGAGGCCAAAUACUGCUCCAGCCGGUGCCGGACGCAGAAGCCUGGAAAAAUUGACCGGGAUAUCGAGAGGGCUUUCGUGAAAUUUCUACUGGGGCAUGAAGGCGGGGAUGGAUCGGCGGCGGCGGGGGAUACGGCGAGUAAACGUGAGGCACACGGUGAUGGCCGAGGGAACUCCGAGUGGGCUAACCAUGCGGGCGUUGGGGCGAAGAAGCAUAAUGCUAUUGGUAAGAAGAUGAAAGGCGACCCGAGGAUCAUGGUGUCUUGCAGUACGGUGGAGAAGUACGUCUUUGGCAUCUCCGAGCAGAUGGACGACCAGGCUUCAUCAACGCGGUCGGGGUCUCCUGAGCCUAGUCUUGACAAUACAGAAGGGAAUUCAAGCAUGGAAUCAGAUAACCCAGCUGUAGUAGCAAUAGCCGCAUACCCAGCUUCAGAGGACGUAGCCGCGGGCACUGUCACAAGUGACAACAACAAUGAAUCCUCCCGAUACAUCGACGGUGACGUGCUGGCCCGCCUGUCGAUCCGCAGCGGGACGCGGAUCCGCCCGCCACAGUCGGUGUCGGAGGUGAACGGCAGUGUGGGCGGGGAGAAGGGGAGGGCAGAGAGGAUAGAAGAGACGGAGGAGAUGCUGGAGAAGCGGAGGGUGGGGCAGAGGAGGGCUAAGGAGAGGGAGAUGGUUAGAUGUGCAGCGAGGCGGGGGGUGGUGUUUGGGUUUGUGCUGGGGGAGGGAAGGGUGGAUGAGGAGGAGAAGAAACGGUUGUGCGAGGCGGUCAUGGUGGGGAAGGUCGUUGAGCCUAGUUUUGCGAAGGGGGACUGGGCUAUUCGAUGGAGAGAGUAG